AUGGAUCCAUUUUUAGAAAAAAUAUUCAAUCAUACAUCGCAAAGUAGAACUAAAAAAGAAUCCAGUAUUCUACUCAUAGGAACGUGUUCUGGUUUUUCAGAUCUUUUAGCCAAAUGCAACGUUCAUUCAGUAUCAGGAGAGAAGCAAUCGCCCCUGUUCACUUCGUCUCCUAUUGUCGAUUGCAAUGAAAUAUCUUAUGAGUGCUUUACUUUGUAUUCAGAUAUAGGAGGUAUAUACAGUAAACAAAUACACUACCUACUUACACAAGCAGAAAGAAGCCAAAUCAUUCACGUAUGGCAGUCUUCCUGUAUAACAGAUCAACUAUUACGGUUCUUUGUGCAUCAGUCGUUACGUUUGCAUGGACUGGAUGCUUUAUGGGUGAUAUACGUAAAUUAUGUGUUUUCUGAAAAUCCAAAAGGUUUUGCAAAAGAUCUCUUGGAAGUUUUGCGAUCUUCAGACAUUAAUAAAACAGAGAAAACCAUUAUGAAUGAAUAUCAUAACUUUUUUUCCACAGUCGGUUCCGAUGAAUUUAGUCCUUUUUUCAAUUUUACGAUCAUCUUACCCCAGAUUGACGAUGAAAAUAAAACCUUUUCUAUGAAUGAUGAUAUGAAAGACUUCAUACAACAAUUUAUUCGAAGCCUAUUGCUCCUGAUUCCCAUGUCCUCUUUAAUGUACCUUUCGACAAAUCCGUGUUCAUGGGACAAUUUCAAAAGCCUUCUAAAUCUAUAUCUUCUAAAUGAUAAUCCAAUUUCAUUACAAGAAAACCAUCAUACUAUAACAUCAAAUACGAUUGACAAUGAUAGACUUUUAAUUCCACCUUGUUGGGACACAAUGCAAAAAAUACAAAACGUUAAUCUUAAGUUUUGCACUAUUGUGGUUGAUUUGGCUACAAAAAAUCUUCAUCAAGUUUUUGAGACGAAUGACUUAAUAACCUGUUAUGAAAGCAUUUUCCAUAAUCAGGGAGACAGUCAACAGAUACCGGAUAAUGAAUUAGACUUUCCUUGCAAAUCACACCAGCAAUUUCUAAAGGAACUUCGGAACAAAUUGGAUGGCUUCGAAGGUCAUGAAGGGGCUGUAAAGCAACUUCCUGGCAAUCAAAAUCAUCCCAACCAAGACCGAAUCUCAUUAAGCAGUAUAUCUGAAAAUUUAAAUGUCGGAAAAAAUCAUGAGUCCAAUAACGCGUUAUCAACCUUUUUUUCAAACAUCCUUAACGAGAACAUAAGUUAA